AUGAACUCCAACGACGAGAAGCAGGCCUACCGAGAGGCGGAAAGCCUUCGCCGAAUCGCUUUUGCCGGUGUUGCCAUCAGCACCGUCGCCACGCUGACUUGCAUUGUGGCCAUUCCGGCUCUUUACAACUAUAUGCAACACGUUCAAUCGUCGCUUCAGACCGAGGUGGAAUUCUGCAAACACCGCACUGACGGCCUUUUCCAACAAUACGAACGAAUGCAAGUGGUGAAAGGAGUUCGCGGAAAGAUGAUUGCCAAGAGGCAAGCCGGAUACGAUAGCCCAGUAGAGGCGCCGAAACCUGGCGGCUACGAUUCAGCUGUGGCAAGCACUGGAGCCGAGGCUGGCGGUGGAUCGUGCUGCUCGUGCGGAGUUGGAGAGGCUGGACCCGCUGGACCUCCCGGAGAUGAUGGAAAUGAUGGACAAGAUGGAGCUCCAGGAGACAACGGACAAGACGGAGAGGAUGCUGCUCCUGAUGCUCAGCCAUCUGCUGACGAUUUCUGCUUUGAUUGCCCAGCUGGACCUCCCGGAGCUGCUGGAAAUGCUGGACCAAAGGGACCUAACGGAAACCCUGGAGGUGAUGGACAACCCGGACCUGACGGACAACCCGGUCAAGAUGGAGCUCCUGGACCCCAAGGACCACCUGGACAGGAUGGAGCUGCUGGACAACCAGGAGACAAGGGACCUGAUGGAACUGUGUCUGAGGUGCCUGCCCCAGCUGGACCACCUGGAGCACCAGGACCCCAAGGACAGCCUGGAGCCGAUGGACAGCCUGGAGCUCCUGGAGGACCUGGACAAGAUGGACCACAGGGACCACCUGGAGACAAUGGAAACGAUGGACAACCCGGACAGCCUGGACAAGACGGAAAUGAUGGAGAGGCUGGACCACAAGGAAACGGAGGUGGCUGCGACCAUUGCCCACCCCCAAGAACCGCUCCCGGAUAC